AUGUCGGAUUUUAGAGACUCAGAGGCCUCUGAGGCAUCAGAAGAUGAGGGCAGUGAAUCAAAUUACCCGCACAAAAAGAAGGCUAACUUGUCAGUUUCCUCUGACAGCGAGGAAGAGGAGGAGAUCCCAGAUGAGGAUGAGAUAUGCCGAAAGGAGGGCAAAGGUUGGAUCGUAAACGACGACGAGGAGGAAGAGGAAGGGGUUUCUGAUUCCGAAGAAGGUAGCAAUGCCAGUGACAAGUCCCUAGAAGAGGAAGGGGGAGAUGAUGAUGAUGACGCGCUUGAUGAUGAAGACAUAGAACUUAUCAGAGAAAACGUUGGCAUCGAUAUCCAACGAAAGGUAAGUAGCAAUGUGCAUUAA